AUGCGUUGGUGUUUGGUAGAUAAAACGAUUAUCAAUAUCCUAGACACUGCCGAAUGGCUCUCUGUGCGCCCUAAAUCCGUACCCACUCCGCCACCCCAACCGCCACCUCCAACACCAUCACAGUUCCAGGGAUUAGAAGGGCGUGGCGAGUUAACGAUCCGCCUUGUGUCGUUUGAUAACGACUAUGGGCUGACCUAUGACGGAGGAUGCUGUGAUAACUGGCAGGCCAGGGGAUGGGGGUGUAUGCAGAAAUGUGAUUACGUCAUGAGAGUCGUCAUAUCUGGUCUCAGCAGGGCGAACGACCAUGUGUUUUUAUUCCAUCGCCCUUUAAUGUACAACAAAAACAACAUAAUUUUUGACGACUGUCCUUGGGCUACCGAGCUCAGUAUUCCUUUCGACACUUGGCCGGGCCAGGUAGAAUUAAGCGCAUAUUUUUAUGACUAUGAUGAUCAUGACGACACGACGCUGCUGGUGGACUGGUUUGAUACACGGCUACGCCAGGAGUCCAUCUCCACUAAGUUCCGCCACAUGGCCGUCAUUGGCAGUCGGAGGAAUUACAAAACCAGACUAACGUUUGACUGGGCAGUGAGCUGUGCCGGGUUGUCGAACUGUAUACGGGACGAUGUGAGGCAAUUUCUUGAUCGGAUAGACAACCAGGAAUUCCACUCUAAGGACCCCAUUACCAGUGCUGCUGCUGCAUCCGGUGAAGACCCUCCCAAGUCCAUGUCCACAAAAAAUACCGAAAGCACAACGACAGGAGAGGAGGUGAAAAUCAUGACCAAUAAGACCAUGCCUACCCGAACUGCGCCUACCAACGGAAUAUGGGGGUGGAAAAGAACCACGUCCGCAGCUGUGACCGGCCGUCCUAUUACAGGCGUGCCAGAGGUUCGGCCAACAGUCACCGGUGUCACGAGGUUUAAAACGAUGACAAACUCGCCAGAGUCACUGAAUACCAAAACGUCAGAAACUACGCCAACAACGCCAGUAACAUUAGUAUCGGCAUCGACAAAGGCAACUCGGGAGAUAACAAGGCACCCAUUUGAUAAAUCAUCAACAAAGUAUCAGCGGACAAAAGUAAUACAGAUGAAUUCUCCACAUCAUUUGUCUACAGAGGCGACUCGUUCUGCAACGAAGAGUGGGUCAACGAAAAUCCCAAGUAAGGCUGCUGUUAAGGCUACUAGAACUAUGCCCAGAAAGACGAGCACAGCUGUUAUUACGCAAGAUCCUAUAUUAACCCAAGACUAUUUUCCUACCACACCAUUAUCGUCUCCCACAAUUUCUACACCAGUUCCUCUGAAUCUAACGACUAUUAAUAGCAAUUUACCAUCAACAACUGGUUCAUCACCUUGGACCAAGCCAUCUACUACGAAGGGUCCAUAUCGCGGUCGAAAAAAUAAAAAUCCGUUUAACGGCCACCCUCCUCUUCCAGGAUUCAACGGAGCAGCGCGAGAUAUUACCCCAGAUCUUGAUGUACCUCGAGAUCAUAUGCCAUCCUUUUCCCGAAAUCCAGAAAUCAGACAACCUCCAAAGCGCAAAAAAUACCCACCUCGUGGUAGACCAAGAUUGCCUGGCAGAAAGAAAAACUCUCGUCCAAAACCUCGACAGCAUGGUCGCCUAUCGAAGAGUGAACAGUCCUGGGGAGGAAAUGUCAGCCAACCCUCACCAGAUGUUCCAAAGAACGAGAACAGCAAGAACUUGUCGCAUUGGCAUGGCUACCACCAGAUUCCAGGUCUUAGACCACAUCUGAAAGACAAGCAUAAAGGUUACAGAAAUUCAUCCGAAAAUGGCACAAACGAAGACGCCUCCCCUCCCUUCGAAACAGAGGACAGUCCGUUUUCAAAAUCUGAACAGGAACAAAAUCUUGCAAUGACUACAGCAGCCAGCAGUAGCCCAGACUUCAUUAGUCACAGCUAUUAUGACCUGUCGUCAAGGAAUGGUUUCCAGUCUGUGUCAGCUAUGAGACGAAUACCAACCACCAAAUCUCGCCAUGAUGAACCCAGACCAAUAACGGAACCCCCACAAGAAGCAUUUCCUAAACUGAACAAUAAAUCGGCGGAGAGGCGUGAAAACCUCCAUGUUCCAUCAAAAAAACCGGUGGACACUGCAAAUGGGAGGAAGUCAAAGGAGCACACUGGAUCGUUAGGUGGAAGUAGGCGAAACCCUUUCACUCGGCCGAGCCCCAAAGGGAAACAUUUCCAUGUCACAUCAGGAACUAAACGUCUAACACCCAGGCCCAGAGAGGAUGAUAGACGUGUGUUCAAAACAUCAGCACCAAUAAUACAACCUGCAACCACAGUCGCCUCACUGUCACAAUCGGAGGUAUCUACGCACGUACAUGACGUUACCUUGUCUAAUAGUCGAGUUCAUAGUACAGAUCAGCUUUCCCAAGGGGAGGACACAGCUGAGCCUUCAAAAAUGAAAACCACACGGACACACACACUAGGUGAUGUCACGCGCAAUACUAACCAGCACGCUAAAGAUUCUACCAGGUUCCAGGCUACAACCAAACGUCAGUUUUCAAAUCCAGAGAGCACUACUGUGACAACGACUACUCGGUUCGCAUCUUCAAAUGAGUUCACCAACAUCGGCAAGGACACUCGUGUGACACUGCACGACACAAACGAUAUGUCCGAUUCUUUUCAUACGUUUAAUUAUGUCAGCAGUGAAGGUGAUUCCAGAUCAACAGUAGAUGAUGAACAGUUCUUUACCGAACGUGACCUGCACAUGUUCGUUACAUCCAAAGACACGGACAAAAAAUUAAAACAGCGUACGACCAAUGGUCACGAUGGAAUUUUCAGCAGUGCUACAACCAGGAAGCCAGGCUUAAAAGGAGAGACACGUGAUCUGCCAGACAGAAGAAACAGUAUAGGCUGGUUCAGAAAAACCACAAAGCGAGUGUAUCCGCUACAAAACGUCGAGGAAAGCGCUUCUAUGGCUAGUCCCAAGAAAAAUGGACAAAGACCAGGACAUUUCUUUCAAGGUACAACAACGCGUCCCAGUCGGUUUUCAACUGGACAAAAGUCAAAGAAUCUCAAGCCCUGGUACCGUGCCAAGGACACCGAUCAUUUGUACGACAUCAUGAAAACUAUUAAACAAACACAAGCAAUAGCCACCGAAGAAAUAUCAACUCAGCCUUCAUCUACAAACUCUAAGGAUGACGCCUGGCUCACGGAAAUACAAGGCAACACUAGACCCGCUACUAAAGAAAUAAUACCAGGAAGUAAUCGCAAGAAUGUUCCAAAGUUCAGAGAGAGGUUUAUUCCGAAACGAACGACAACGGAUGGAACUGGGGUUUCGCCUUCACAUAUUACAGCCACAGGACCAUAUCAUAAAAACAGACGCACGGAUAAAUCUCCAUUGGAUUCAGAAGUUAAGCCGACCCAUCCGUGGCUGCGUACAGGAACUCGUCGUAAAAGACCCACAUUUCCGCAUGUACCAACCAGAGCCCCAUCUCCUCAGUUGACGCCAAAGAAGUCUGAUGCAGACAGAAAAGUUUCCGCAAGUCCAACAAAUGAGCCAUGGCCUGAUUCACCAACUCCUUUGUUUACAGGACACGAUGUGGCAAACAAGGAGACAACAGUAACACCUUUGCCAUCGAUGAGUUUACCCGAAACAGUGGGUUCACGAGAAACAACGCGUGUUUUCACCUCAGAGACCGCUACUAGCAGUACAAGACAUACUCUCUUUCCGAAGUUUACCAAGGGACAAAUUAGCAGAAAAACUACAGUCAAAUCUCCAUAUUACAGUAAAGGAUCUCGAAGAAUGUUUACAAGACCUACAGUAUCAAAGCAUGACUCUAUUUCUGAAAUAACACGAACGUCACCAUCUUCUGAAGACAAAAAGUACUACUGGAAGCAUGCAAUGGGCACAUCAAUGUACCCUCAAACGACGACUUCCAGAUCAACAAACCCGUCGUUAACUCGAACAGUAUCAUCACAAUUAACGACGAAGAGGAGCAUUAGCAAUGGGCACUACACCCGCGGGACACAUACACAGCGAACAGCUCCAUGGACCAGACCGACGACUCGGACAACAUCAACCGCAAAAUCUAUAUCCGACAAGCAUGGGGUGACAACCACUCUCAUGCCUAAAACCUGGCCAAGACCGUCCAUGCUGGAUAAUGACAGGCCCUUGCAAACUGGUAAAAAAGUUAACACAAUACGAACUGAAAUAAGCCAUAAUUUUCCAAGAACUUCCACCGCACAAGUAAAAACCUCCAUAUUUCCCAAGAGACGAUUCAAAUCAACUUAUGCCACGAAAGAGGAUAUCAAAAGAGUUGAUACUGCUACAGAGUCGGAUUCAAAAGUAUCAGUGGAUUCAAAAAAUGAGGUUUCAUCAACUAGGUUUGACAAAUCCAGUUCAACCGGGUGGAAUGCAAGUGAAUCCGUCCCAAAUGUAGAGACUGUAACCUCAUGGUGGUGGAACACUCCCUUGUUAAACCCCAAGAUAAACAUUCCUACAAAAACAGAAAUGUACGGAUCGUCCAGAUUUCCAAAAUUCAAAACACCGAGGUGGAGGAAUAUUAAAAGGAUAAAUGUAAUGCCUAAGAGUAGUGAGAAGUCACGCAGGCCAACAACAACAGCUACAGGCACGAUGUCAAAAAAAGGAUUCCCAAUGUCAACUGAAAGCUCAUUAGUGACUAAGGAGAGCGACACUGUCGAUACUAUUGCCGCAACAACAACUAAAUACACCUCUCUCAAUCUGAUCGACGAUGAUAGCCUCGGCGCAAUCGAGAAUUGGUGGAAACAGUUUGCUCCUGAUGCUGAUUCUUCUAAAGAGAUCACCUUGGCCCCAUGGACGCAGAACACCUGGAGACGAUUUCAACCGACGCGGAUGGAAACCUCAGAUACCACAGAAACUAAUGUCCCACAACACUCGAUAGCGUCAUCUGGAGCCCCGACACACAGCAUCCAGACAACAACAAUCCCGUCAUUUAGAAAUAAUAAGGACAAGAAAACAACCCAGAAGAUCGUCACCAGAAGUAAAACUAACUCAACUUCUAUGCCAACAACUAAAGGACGAGCCAUUGUCACCGAAGUAUCUACACAGGGAGACGUUGAACUGAACCCCAUAACUACAUUCCCACCUUGGAAAGAAAACACUAGGACGCGACAAAGAGGUCAAGUCCAAGUGAAAUCAGUUCCUACCACGGAAAGAAUAUCCACAACAUCUACUAUACGCCAAUCGCAGUUUACAUCAACUGUGGUUCGACGAACACCGACCAAGACAACUAGUAAAGCCAAUGUACCACGCACAAGAUUUCAUACAACUGAAUUCCCCUCAACAACUCGAAAGAUUCGCACUACAUCACCGCCAUGGACUCGAAACACAUGGAAACGGUUCAAACCCGUCUCGCCAGAGAGUUCACCAACUACAAUCCCUACUUCACAAUAUCCAAUGGAAGAAGAAUUCGCUUUGUCCACAAUAUGGACCUCGCCUAUUGCAACUGGCACCACCCCUGAAACGACUAAAGUACAGGAUAGCUUAUAUAGGACCACAAAGGAGGCCCACUCUCGUUCACCAAACACACAAAUCAGGACUACAACCACGAAAAUCCCAACCACAGAAAAUAUAUUUGAUGAUUUGAAGUUAGAUCCGGUGAAUGAGGAUGAUUACGAAACAAAGUCAACUUUAGAACCCAAGGAAGAGGAUGACUACUUUGAAACUUCACUGUUUCCAACGUCAAAAAGGACGUACAGAGAUUUUAGCACCGAGGAAGGGGAAGGUUUAGACACCCAAAUAUAUCCAGCUGUGGCUAGUAAUACUAAGCCUGCUGAAAAAGAUUCCUCGAUUGAGGAUAUGCUGAAUAGCCAAGAACCGAGCAGGAAAUGGUUUACCACAACACAGCCAACACCAGAUUACACAUCGAUCAUAACGAGUCCGCUGGCUUUUAUAACAGAAAACUUGAAAGACGAAGUCAAGUGGAAGGGUGAACUCCUCGACCUGCUGGCUACAUCAGGUACAACCUACUUUAAAACAUCCAAAGUAACUGGAACGACCACAGUGUCCGAAUCAAAAGUUGGGAAAGAUAUCUCUGUGGAAAAAACGACGAAAGACAUAAGGCGAGUGUCUCCUACCAACGAAGAUCAGCCUAGUGUUGAAAUCUCCAGCAAAGCAACAUCAGCAGCUAACAGAAUUGGACAAGACGAAAGUAUUCCCACAGACUUACCAUUCAUGACAGAAGUGCCAAAUAGCACAAAGCUGAUAACCGACUCAGAGCCCUCUAUUGGGGAGUUGGCUGAUGGCACGAUAUUAUUAACGACUUUAAUAACACCCUCAAAGACUCUGCCAAAAGCGAAAUCUACAACAAUGAAGGAUAGAGAUCUGGUGUCAUCUACCAAGAUUUCAUCUUCUACUGCAUCAAUUCCUAUCGUAACAGCAUCCGGAACUUCCCUUACUUCCAUAACAAGGGUAUCAGAGACCUCAUCCAAUUUUGAAACAUCGCCUUUGCCAUCCACUUCCACACCAACUACAACUGUGUUGCAAGCUUCCUUAAGCCACAUUGCAACUGCUUUGCACACGUCUUCUACCCCAAUUACAAUUGUCUCAGAAACUUCAUCAACCAAAGCUUCAACUGUGUUACAAACGUCAUCCACUUCUCCUAAACCAAGCUCAACUUUGUCUCCUGUAUUAAACAGUUCAGUUGUAAAAAUGGAUUCAACAGAAGCACCUCUUACUGAUGAUCCCACUGUAAAACCUUCUUCCCUUUCUACAAUGUCUUCCACGACUUCAUCAUCAUCGUUUGGGAAGAGCAGCAAUGGUACUUUGAAUAUCACCAGAAAAGAAAUAAUUCCAGAGAAGAACAGCUCUAUUUCUAAUGCCGGUUUGUUAUCGACUUUAAGGACGCCAUAUUCUACCAGGGACCCAAACUCAAUAAAAGUGACACUGCCAGAUUUAAUUAGUUUACAUAAUGGCACAACGAGCAGUGUCAGAAAUGGAGGAAAACCAGACUUUGUUUUAAAUGCUAACCCUGUGAAGAAAAAACGACCGCCCAUAAAGAUUAGUGCAGUUGCAGCGGGUGGUUGGCCAACAACAACAACGGCCAAGCCGACGGACCCGCCAACGCCACCUCCGACGCCAAAAUGGCGGGAGAUUUUGCCGGACUUAAUAACAUUAGUCAGUGUGAAAAUACCUGUGCGGACAACCCCGCGUGCUGUAGGUAGAAAAACCAUUAGUUCGUCGAAGCCAGUGUCUCCGGCCUCGCCUGUGUAUCAAAAUGCAGAUCACAAUAAGAGGACUAAGUCUCUAGAUUUUAAAACUGUGGUAGAAAAAUACUGGCCUGCCAUUCUAGGAUCAUUCAUUGGAGCGGUGUUCCUGACGGCAGCCAUCUUGACAUCUGUGUUAUGCAAACAACAAAGACAGGGUGGUUAG